AGAGAGGUGUUUGACUCAGGGUAAUGCAAGAAGAGCAGAAAGGAACGAACACACAUGAUCUGAGCACCCUCCUCUUUUCCCUCCUCUGUUUCAGCUCAUGGACAGUCGCAACAAACUUCAUACUGUGUGUGCGCCGUUCCUUCCCGCUGACACUUGGUAGCUCCACAUUUGCCCGCAUAGAUCAGACCUGGCUACUUUACGCACGGCGCAUCGUCUGGCGCAGGCAAUUACGCGCCGUUUCAUUUAAAGAGAUACAAUAUAGUCGCGCGUAUUGUCAACUUGGUACAAGAUAAUCAGGAGAAGAUGGAUCAAACCACUGAAAUCCGGAACGAUAGCGAUGAGUUAGUGCUGGAGCCAAGUCUUGUAGAAGAACAAUCGGUUGUGAAACCGCUGCUGGGAAUCGGCAUUGACAACGUGAUCACUCUGGUUGUGUUCGGGAUAAUAUUCGCACUGGGGGUGUUGGGUAAUUCCUUGGUGAUAACGGUGCUGUCACGAAACAAGCCCGGGAAGCCCCGCAGUACCACCAACAUCUUCAUCUUGAACUUGAGUAUCGCAGACCUGGCUUAUCUCCUCUUUUGUAUCCCCUUCCAGUCCACUGUCUAUGUCCUGCCAACCUGGGUUCUCGGAGCCUUCAUCUGCAAGUUCAUUCACUACUUCUUCACCGUGUCCAUGCUGGUCAGCAUCUUCACACUCUCUGCCAUGUCCGUGGAUAGAUACGUGGCCAUAGUCCACUCCAGGAGGUCCUCUGCUAUCAGGGUGUCCAGAAAUGCCCUGCUGGGUGUCGUUCUCAUCUGGAUCCUCUCCAUUGCCAUGGCUUCCCCAGUUGCCUACAACCAGGGCUUGGUUUAUAAGAACAACCAGACUUUCUGUUGGGAAUCCUGGCCAAAUGCCCAGCAUAAAAGGGUCUAUGUGGUGUGCACCUUUGUCUUUGGAUACCUGCUCCCUCUUCUUCUUAUUUCUUUUUGCUAUGCCAAGGUACUCAACCACCUGCAUAAAAAGUUAAGAAACAUGUCAAAGAAAUCAGAGGCUUCAAAGAAAAAGACAGCGCAGACUGUGCUUGUUGUGGUGGUUGUGUUUGGAAUCUCCUGGCUUCCACAUCAUGUGAUCCAUUUGUGGGUCGAAUACGGAAACUUUCCUCUCACCCAAGCCUCUUUUGUCUUCAGAAUAGCUGCACACUGUCUCGCAUAUAGCAACUCUUCGGUGAAUCCUAUCAUUUAUGCGUUUCUCUCUGAAAAUUUCAGAAAGGCUUACAAGCAGGUAUUUAAGUGCCAGAUUGGUUGCGACGCCAAGCAGAGUGAGGCGAAAGAAAUUAAAAGCAAGUUGGAAACGCCACCAUCAACGAACUGCACUCAUGUAUGACUCUGAUAAAUGAAUGCCAUGCUAAAACCAUAUGCGAAAACCAAGUGCACGGUUUGGAAGCACAAAUUCAUCCAAUAACUACAAGCACUUAGUCUAAUUGUAAAUUACACCUGUAGGUGGUUGAUUUCUUCAGUCAUUUUCUACAUCCUCUCAAAGCUAUAGCUUGCAAUAGGUGGGAAACCAAAGACUGGCACUCUUGAUAAAUAUGUGUAUAGCAAAGAGAUCUCUUUUGCUUGUAAACUGUAUCAUACAUUAUUUUAAGUCAUGCAGGGUACAAUGUGUGCAUGUUCAUAAUGUGUUUUCCAUGCUGGAAUGCAAUUACAGAAUUUAUAAAUAUGCUAAUUAUAUGUAUAUAAAAACAUAUUUUUAAAAUAUCAGUGUAUAGACAAUAAUGUACCCCUAUUUUAACGAAGGAAAUUAGAAAUUCCAUGGCCAUAUAGAUCUCCGGCUUUUAUACAGGUCAAGUAACUUCUAGGGGCAUAUUUAUCAAGGAUUGAAUUUGUGAGUUGUGUGAGGGUUU